UUUUUAUUGGUUUUUCUUAUUAGCCCUUAGCCAAUGCUUGCUCACUUUCACUCAUUUCUGUAAUCACGGGAAAGAGGAUAUCUUCUUCUUCUUCUCAGAUCACCGGAGUCUGGUCAAUCCCAUAUUUUGACCGGAUACCCUAGGGUACCAACGAAACAUAUCUGGGUUGCUCCUUUUUUUUAAAAAAAUAUUCUUCUUUCUCCCCAAAACAAUGGCGUCUGAGGAUGUAAAAAGGAGCGAGUCGGCUGUCUCAACGAUCGCGAAUCUUGCGGAAGAAGCCAAGAUAGUUAGAGAAGGAGUUAAACCGCCAAGCCAUGCGUUCCUUAGUAUUUGCAAGUCUCUUGUUGCUGGUGGUGUCGCCGGUGGAGUGUCACGUAGUGCUGUUGCACCACUAGAAAGAUUAAAAAUUUUACUCCAGGUUCAGAAUCCGCAUAGUAUAAAGUACAAUGGAACGAUCCAGGGUUUGAAAUAUAUAUGGAGAACUGAGGGUUUCAGGGGAAUGUUUAAAGGCAAUGGUACCAAUUGUGCUCGCAUUAUUCCGAACUCAGCAGUGAAGUUUUUCAGCUAUGAGGAAGCCUCCAAGGGGAUUUUAUACCUUUUCCGGCAGCAAUCAGGAAAUGAGGAUGCACAACUCACUCCAGUUCUACGCCUUGGAGCUGGUGCGUGUGCUGGAAUUAUCGCCAUGUCAUCUACUUAUCCAAUGGAUAUGGUACGAGGUCGUCUAACAGUCCAGACUGAGAAGUCGCCUCGCCAGUAUAGAGGAAUCUUUCAUGCUCUUUCAACAGUAUUAAGGGAAGAAGGACCCCGAGCUUUGUACAAAGGCUGGUUACCAUCUGUAAUUGGAGUUGUACCCUACGUGGGUCUUAACUUUGCGGUUUACGAAUCUCUGAAAGAUUGGUUGAUCAAAAGCAAACCAUUUGGGCUAGUUGAGGACUCUGAAUUAGGUGUCACAACAAGGCUUGCAUGUGGGGCUGCUGCUGGAACCGUAGGCCAAACAGUUGCUUAUCCUCUUGAUGUCAUUCGACGUAGAAUGCAGAUGGUGGGCUGGAAAGAUGCUGCCUCAGUUGUCACCGGUGAUGGGAAGAGUAAGGUCCCUGUUGAAUAUACUGGCAUGAUUGAUGCAUUCAGGAAAACAGUUCGUUGUGAAGGUUUCGGAGCAUUGUACAAGGGUUUGGUUCCGAAUUCAGUGAAGGUGGUUCCGUCGAUAGCAAUUGCAUUUGUCACAUACGAGUUGGUAAAGGAUGUACUCGGAGUUGAGUUGAGGAUAUCUGACUGAAGGAACUUCCAAGAGUUUUGUUCAAUUGUGUUCACCUUAAUGAGCAGGAAUUAUUUUUCAUCUAAAGGUAGGAGGAUAUUUAGAGCUCACUUUUAGCUUUUUUGAUAUUUCUUCCUCACUUAUAGUCAUUGUGUUCGUUUGUCUUAGGUUUACAGUUUUCUUAUUCAUAUGUGCUUUUUCCAAUAAGUAUUUU